AUGACCGAAGAUCAGGAGAAAGCGCUCGAAGAAAAGAUCCAGCAAUCUCUUCGCAAACUUAAAGUAAUGUACCCCAACCUGGCAAAGAACAUUGAUGAUUACGAAAUUCAAAAUACAAUAGGAAAAGGUGGUUUUGGCGAAGUUAAUUUAGCGAGAUACACAAAAGAUGGUAAUUUAUACGCUGUCAAACAAAUUUUCGAAAAAAGAUUACAUGGAAACGCAUUUCGUCGUUUCUUAGAUGAAGUCAAAACGAUGGCCAAAUGCCUUGACGACUUUUUGCUCCCAAUUUCAGGUUUUACAUUCACUGCACCAUAUUCCAUCAUUACACCUUACAUUCCAUCAGGUUGUCUUAAAGAUUAUGUUUCAAAGAAAUCUGCAGUUAAGUUAACGCCUACACAGCUUACAAAAAUUGCUAUGGGUAUUGCCCAUGGUAUGAUUGUUGUCCACGAGAACAAUAUUAUUCACAGAGAUCUUAAAACGGCCAACAUUUUAAUGGAUGAGCAUCUUCUUCCAAAGAUUUGCGAUUUUGGUAUCGCUCGUUUUGAAGGCAUAGGAGAAAGCAAUCUCAUGACCGCUGGAAUAGGAACUUCUAUUUACAUGGCACCAGAAUUAUAUGCAACAAGAACUUAUUCAAACAAAGUCGAUGUUUACUCAUACGCUUUCAUUCUCUGGGAGAUGAGUGAGAAGAAGAGAGCUUUCGCUACAAUCAAACCCGAAAAAUUACACGAAAAAAUUUAUCAAAAAGGAGAACGCGAGACAUUCUCAAUGCAAACACCACGCGCCUUACAAACACUCAUCAAGAAGUGCUGGGAUGCCGAUCCUUCCAAGAGACCAAGUUUCCAAAAUAUUUAUAACGCAUUUGCCACCGGAAAAGUAUCAUUCCUUGGUACAGAUGAAUCCGCGAUCAAGAAAUUCGCAGAAGAGAUCGAAGCCAAUCGCAAUAACCUCCUCAAAGAACAAAAUCGCAGAAAUGACGCUGCGCAAAAGCGUGUUGAGAGCCAUGUCAAGAGGGUUCAUGAAAGGAAAUCCAAAGAAGAGUCCAAGAAGAAAGAAGCCGAAAUCAAAUCUCAUUCUGCAUCUCAAUCUCAAUUCCAGUUCGAGAAACCAUCACCAAAACCAUCCCAAGCUCCACAGACACAUGCCGUCAAACCUUCUGUCUUAUCCGGACCACAAAACACCGCUGACAACACAACGACAGAUCCUGUUUCUGUUCUUAAGAAUUAUCACAAUGUCAAUUUCAAUGCCUUCGUUGAAGGAUACGCGAAAACCAUUGGAAUUGAGCAUUUCCCAUUCUUCUCGACCGUAUUCCAGAAUUUCAAUGAUUCAACACCACCAGAAGUCAUCAGAUUCAUUGCUAAGAAUUGUAAUUCUGUCAUGGAGAGAAAUCCAGAUUUUAUUUACCAAUUUGGAGGAUCUCCUUAUUACACGACAAUUCCAAUCAACAGCAAUGAAUCAGUAGAUGAAAUCAUUGAAUCAUUCCGUAUAUUAUUUGUUUCUGCUCCUCAAAUUGCAAUUCAUCCGAAUUUGAUUCCACAAAUCAAGAAAUUACUUGAUUUCCGUGCAGAAAAAAUGUUCAUUCUUUACUCAUAUGCUGUUAAAAGAAUCACAAAACUCACAUUUACAAAUGAAACACUUGAGAUGCUCAUUAACUUUGCUCCUAAAGUCAAAGACACACCUCUUGGACAUCUCCUUAUCAAAUUGUUAUUCUACAUUGCUGCUUACGAUUCCCGUUGCAAGCCAUUCAUUAAGAACAAUGCUUACAACAUCUUUGUUUCAUUCACGUCAUCAACAGACAGACAAACAUGUAUUUCUGCUUAUAACGCAAUCCUCAAUUUGUUUGAGAAUGUUGAGAAUCCUGACUACAACACAUUGACGAAACAUUUAAGAGAUGAUUAUUUAGCACCUUAUGUUGUUUCUCUUCUUCUUCGUGCAAAAGGAAUUCCUCGUAAUGUUGAGUUAAUUACUGAACUUAUGCGUGUUGGCCAGAAGAUUCCUCGCACAUGGAUUGUUGUCUAUCAGAUUGCUUUCGCAGGUGCAAAUGAUUUCCCUCUUACUGCUCCAUUUUGGAUGGAUAACAUGCAUUCACAAUUCGAAUGCAUUCUCAGACUUUUCUUUGUUUUAUUCCAUAAUCAUGAGAACCGCGAUAGAUUCCUUUCAUGCCAAUGGUACUUCGAGAUGCUUAUCUACAUCUCUCGCAUGAAUAAUGAGUUCUUCCACACUGUUGUUCCAUCACUUCUUACAAGACAAACCGUUUCUAUUUCUAUUUUGGAACAGUUGUCAAAUAGUGGAUUCUGGAAGACAUAUUUGCAGUUUGCUCUUGAUAAGAACACUACACAGCUUAAUAACAACAUUUUAGUUCUUCUUUCAUGGUUCUCGUUACGUGCUGGAUACGUAAAAGAGUUCGAUGUCUUCGUGAACAGAUUACUUCAACUCAUUGUUGAUCCUGUUUUAGCUGAUAACUCUUUGAAGACUAUUGCAUCUCUUUCUUCUUAUCCCCAGUUUAUGAGCGUAUUCCCUCACGAUGAGAACUCCUACAACUACUUCGCAGCACUCGUAAACAACCCAGUUUACGGUCCUCCAUCAAAGACUAUUGUUGAGAAUAUGUAUAAGUACAUACAGUCUCAAUACGCUAAAGGACAGAAAUAA